AUGGUAGCUUCUUGCAUUUCAUUAACAGCAACAGAAGCGAGAUUAGCAAGCGAACGAGAUGGGAUAGUCGACUCAGUAGGAAUGGGGUUUCUGAGGAUACCGGCAGUGACAUCUUUAGGCAAAUCGACGAGAACAGGACCAGGACGGCCUGAAGUAGCGAUUUCAAAUGCCUCGUUGAUACGACGAGGAAGCUCUUCAAUGGACUUGACCAUAACGUUCCAUUUAGUGCAACUUCUGGUGAUACCGACGACAUCAGCCUCUUGGAAAGCAUCAGUACCAAUAGAUGAAGUAGGCACUUGA